ACUCAUUCGGYGUGGAUCACAUAACAAUAACAUAUAUAGUAUCAUGUUGUGUCUCGAUCUGACGAGUGAACAGUGUUCAGAMGGAAAUUAGCGUUUGAAGACGUUGCGUUUUGUUCACCGGCUGCACUAGUCGACACAUUCGUAAUAAUUCGUGGGAACAUAAAAAAUAUUAUUUUUUACUGUUUUGUUUUUUUUUUUUUUAUCGUUUWAAACGUGUUGUAUUUACUCAGAUGGUAUUACGUACCCACACUAAAUAUUAAUAGGUAGAACCAUCGUGGAUGUUUUCCGAUUCGUAAAAGUUUUUCCCACUAUUAUCGGUGGAGAUUUUCAGAAAAUUCCAUUCAAACUUACUAAUUCCCACGUAUAACAUCAAGACGAUAGUAAAUUACCUACUACUAUGAAGUUAAAUUCACGGCACGUGUCUCAGAGAUGGGUGAUGGCCGUGAUGGGAAUGAUGGGCGUCACGAUGGCGUAUGUGAUGCGGGCCUGUUUGGGCUUAACGCUCACGCAAAUGGUCAGGCCCGUGGUUGUGGAGGGUGGAAGUACAAGUUCUGUUCAUCACGAUUACUGCCCAAUGUAUAAGUCAUCAUCACUCAGCCAAUCUAAGUCCAACCGGACAACAAUAGUCGAGGAGGAAAAGUUCAAAAAUCGGUUCGAUUGGGACGAAAAGACGCAGGGCGAGAUCCUGUCGUCCUUUUAUUAUGGUUACAUACUCACUCACUUACCCGGUGGCAUCUUAUCUCAGAGAUUUGGUGGUAAGCACACGAUGGGCUUUGGAAUACUGUCCACCGCAGUCUUCACGCUGAUGACUCCAUACGUAGCGUAUAUGGGUUCCUGGCCACUGACAAUUUUGCGGUUCGUCGAAGGACUCGGAGAAGGAACAACUUUCCCAGCACUCUGCACGCUUCUGGCACAGUGGGCUCCACCAGAAGAAAAGGGAAAGCUCUCCACACUGGUGUUUGCAGGUGUGCAAAUUGGUAAUAUUUUUUCAAACUUCUUGAGUGGUUUCAUCAUACAAUACAUACCCGGUGGUUGGCCAAAUGUCUUUUACUUCUUCGGCAUAACCUCGUUAGUUUGGUUUGUGAUCUGGUGUAUGUUCGUUUACAAUGACCCUAAUUCCCAUCCGUUCAUAUCGGACAUGGAACGAGACUACUUAAAACAGUCAAUCGGAAGCCUAGAAAGAAAAAAGGACUUGGCCCCAACACCAUGGAAGUCCAUAUUAACGUCGUGGCCAGUAUGGGCACUGAUUAUUGUCGAAGCAGGACAUGACUGGGGUGGUUUUACGAUUAUCAGUGAUCUCCCAAAAUAUAUGAGUGACGUCUUACACUUUUCUGUUACCGAGAACGGUUUAUUGUCAUCCAUCCCAUACAUCGCCCAAUGGGUUACGUCUAUCUUAGCUAGUAUAUUGGCGGACCGACUGAUAAGCAAAAGAAUAAUGAGUGUAACUGCAGUCAGAAAAAGUUAUGCUAUUAUUGGAACUGUUGGGCCAGGUUUGGGUGUGAUGUGUGCUUCGUUUGUCGGAUGUAAUAAAAUAAUCGCCACUCUGUGUUUUACUUUGGGUAUGGCAUUAAUGGGUUUCUGUUAUCCCAGCAUCCGUAUAAAUUCUCUCGACUUGUCGCCCAAUUAUGCUCCUACCAUUAUGGCACUGGUAAAUGGUAUUGGUUGUUUAUCAGGAAUGGCCACUCCAUACGUCGCCGGAAUUCUCACUCCAAACAGAACUGUGUUAGAGUGGCGUCUUGUAUUCUGGAUUAUGAUGAUAGUAAUGACAGCUUCAGCUGUGGUGUAUGGGCUAUUUGGAUCUGGUGAGUUGCAACCAUGGGAUGACUUAGAACAACAUUAUCUAAAAGAAAAGGAAAAAGCUAAGAGGGGGUUGCCUAUGGAUGAAAGAUUAAGUAUAAUUCAUUCAAAAUCCAUUGAAGAUGGGACAUCGAUAAAUAAUUAGGAUCCUGACUAAUGAAACCAACAAAACUAUCCUAUACACUGUAAAUAUAAUUAUUAACACAUGUUACCUAUUAGUUUAUAGUAAUUAUAUAUUGUGAAUAAUUAGUUUGUAAAUACUUGUUAUAUUUAGAACUAGUUAAAUGUUGUAAUAUUAUUUAAAAAUAAUUAUAGGAACAUACGUUAU